ACUGAUAUUUUGAAAUAUUUUUCACAUCCCUAAAUACAACAACAACAACAACAGCAGCACUCGGAGAUAGUUCUGGAAUUUCGUAGUUUUAAUUAAUAAUAAAAGCAAAUUUCGAAAAGCAAAGCAGCCAAUAUGUCGGACUGGGACUCUGUGACUGUUUUACGCAAAAAGGCACCCAAAUCGUCGACCCUGAAGACGGAAUCGGCGGUGAAUCAGGCCAGGCGACAGGGAGUCGCCGUGGACACCCAACAGAAAUAUGGUGCUGGCACCAACAAGCAGCAUGUGACCACCAAGAACACUGCCAAGCUGGACCGCGAGACUGAGGAGCUGCGCCACGACAAGAUCCCCCUCGAUGUGGGCAAGCUCAUCCAGCAAGGACGCCAGGGCAAGGGUCUCAGUCAGAAGGACCUGGCAACUAAAAUCUGCGAGAAGCAGCAGGUUGUGACUGAUUACGAGGCCGGACGCGGCAUCCCGAACAAUUUGAUCCUGGGAAAGAUGGAACGCGUUCUUGGCAUGAAGCUGCGCGGCAAGGAGCGCGGCCAACCAAUAGCGCCUCCCGGUAAGAAGUGAGACGAUGCUGCCGCGUCCGUCGCUAGUGGUGCUUCACAAACGACCACCUCAGCACGCAGCGCCCGGCAGCAGAACCACCAACACCCGGAUUCUGGAGGCUGGAGCACUGUCAGCGGCAGACGCAAAUGAAGCAUUAUCGGGAGGCU